AUGGAGAGAGAAAAGGUACACUUGCGUAAACUCUUUAUUGGUGGCUUAAGUUUUAAAACCACAGAAGAAAGUUUAAGAAACUACUACAAGCAAUGGGGAAAAGUUACAGAUUGUGUGGUUGUGAGGGAUCCUGCCAGCAAAAGAUCAAGAGGAUUUGGUUUUGUAACUUUCUCAUCCAAGGCUGAGGUUGAUGCUGCCAUUGCAGCAAGACCGCAUUCAAUUGAUGGGAGAGUGGUUGAGCCAAAACCAGCUGUAGCAAGAGAGGAAUCUGGAAAACCAGGGGCCCGUGUGACUGUGAGGAAGCUGUUUGUUGGCGGAAUUAAAGAAGAUACCGAGGAACACCACCUCAGAGAUUACUUUAAAGAAUAUGGAAAAAUUGACACCAUUGAGAUAAUUACCGAUAGGCAGUCUGGAAAGAAAAGAGGCUUUGGUUUUGUUACUUUUGAUGACCCUGAACCUGUGGACAAAAUUGUAUUGCAAAAAUGCCACACCAUCAAUGGUCAUAAUGCACAAGUACGAAAGGCUUUGUCGAGACAAAUGCAAAAAGUCCAAAGUUCCAGGAGUGGAAGAGGAGGCAACUUUAGAGGAAGAUCUGACGGAUAUGGCAGCGGACGUGGAUUGGGGGAUGGCUCUAAUGGAUCUGGAGGAGGACCUGGACGUGGCAAUUUUGGAGGUAGCCCUGGUUAUGGAGGAGGAAGAGGAGGCCAUGGUGGUAGAGGAUCUGGUUAUGGAAACCGGGGUCGGGGCCAUGGGGGGGGUUAUGACAACUCUGGAGGAGGAAAUUGUGGAAGUGGAAGUCAUAAUGAUUUUGGAAAUUGUAACCAGCAACCUUCUUCUAAAUAUAGUCUAUUGAAGAGUGGAAACUUGGGUAGCAGGAACAUGGGGCGACCCCGUGGAAGGAAUUAUGGUCCUGGAGGAAACCAGCGACCCGCGUUCUCCGCAGGCGUGAGCAGUCAAGCACAGCCAUGGCAACCCGCGGUGCUCAGUGGCGCCUUCUCCGGGGACUGCUUUACCUUCUCCCUCUGCGCUCGGUGGACAAUUAUAGUUCUGUUUCAAGUGCACAGGUGUUUGCGCGCAGACUCGGCUGGCUGCGCCUCCCGGGUAGCUGGCGCCCAGAAGGACCGCCAGCCCCGCCGCGUCCCCGGAGCCACGGGGCGCUGUCCUACGGACCCGCCUUCCGAUCCUGCUCAAUCCCCCCAGGUCUCGAUCGAGGGUAGCAGUGUGAGCUCGCCCCUGAGAACAAAUGCAAGAUAA